UUUGUUCGUCUGCAUAUAAGCGGUUCAUUGCGAGACAACAAUCCAUACAAUAAUUUGCUAGACGUCUGAGCAGUAGAGAGUUCUUACUGUACAUUGGCCCACUCUUUGGUCUUGCGUUAAUUAAUAUCAAAUAAAAUGUUCGACCUGUCGGCAACAUCUGUGUUUCUAGGAGUGGUGAUUUUUCUCCUCUGCUUAUGGGUCGUCCGGAGACCUAAGAACCUCCCUCCUGGGCCAUGGUCGCUCCCAAUCAUCGGGUAUAACUUCAAACCAGGUCUUAUCCACGAAGCCUACAUGGAUCUGGCUAAGAAGUACGGCCCUAUUUUCAGUUUGCGGAGAGGUUCGUUUGUCUUCGUUGUUCUAAACGACAGGGAGAGUAUCACACAGGCUCUGGUAAAGUCAGGAGAAUUCUUCUCGGAUCGGUUUGUACCGGGACACUUUAAUUGGGCAAUACCGGAUCCUGGAAAGAAAGCUACAAUUUCUUUUAGUAAUGGCAAACCAUGGGUCGACUUACGGAAGUUCUCUCUUCCUGCCCUGCGCUCCUUUGGAUUUGGGAAGCAGAGCCUGGUACCUCAGAUUAAUCUGGAGGCACGUUACCUGUCAGAGGAAAUCAGAAAUCUUCGAGGAGAGCCCACAGAUUUAGCAAUCACAUUCAGUAAGGCAACCGCGAAUAUCAUUUGUCAACUUCUAUUUAGUCGGCGAUACGAAUACAGUGAUGGCGAGAUGAGCAAGGUUCUUAAGGAUAAUGAAGAAAUUCUCUCCCUCAUUCCUGAAACUGAUCUAGUGAACAUCUUCGAACCACUCAUACAUACUUCAAAUCAAAGAUACAAGCGCUACCGUGAAGCUAAUUUCGCCAACAGGGAUUUCAUUAUGUCCCAUCUGAACAGCCAUCGAGAAACCUUUCAAAAAGACAACAUCCGAGACUUCACUGACGCGUUCUUAGCAGACGAUAUAUCCAAGGAAUUCGAGUUGGAGCAUUUCUGGCGAGUUGUGUUUGAUUUGUUUGCAGGUGGUACCGACACCACGGCGGUGGUUACCUCUUGGGCGAUUCUGUAUCUAUCUGUUCACGCAGAUGUUCAAAGAAAGGUACAAACUGAGUUGGAUACUGUUGUUGGGCGUGGCCGCCAACCGAAUACUCUUGAUCGUCCAGACCUACCCUACUGCAAUGCUACUAUAACAGAGGUCAUGCGAAUACGCCCCAUCCUUCCGGUCUCAGUUCCUCAUAUGACAUCUGAUAACGUUUCAUUCAGAGGCUUUACGAUUCCAAAGGGAAGCAUCAUUGUUCCAAACCUGUGGGCUGUUCACCAUGAUCCCAAGGAAUGGAAUGAACCGGACAGAUUUAACCCAGAUCGUUUUCUCAGUGCUGAUGGAAAACAAUUCCAGAAGAACGAGGCGUGGAUGCCAUUUGGUGUUGGUCGUCGUGAUUGUGUUGGUAGUCAGCUGGCCAAAAUGGAAACCUUCCUCUUGUUCACCAAUCUCUUCCAACAGUUUGAAUUCAAGCUUCCUCCUAACCAACCGAACCCAAGCAUGCGUGGAGCGAAUGGAAUCACCAUGAAUCCAGAACCCUACAAAGUUUGCGCCAUCGAGCGCUGAUUUUGUCUUCAUACGCUGCAUUAAUCUUCCAAUACAAUUAAUUUUUCAGUGAGAGAAAUGCGAUUGUUUAAAAUGUUAUGUCUCAUGUUAAGGUUUAUUUGGGCAUCUUAUCUAUUAGUUUAGUAUAUUGCACAAGUCAUCCCCGAACAUAAUUGUUUAGAAAAAACGUAUUCAGUUUGCUUAUGUAUAUGCAUUAAUUAUGCUGCAUUUAAUAUAUGUCUAUCAUAAUGAUCAUUCUUCUUCGUUAUUAUUAUUUUUAUAUAUUAUACACGAUUAUUGAUUUAAAUUUCGUGGGCUUUAUAAAUAUAAAACAUCGACGUAUAUCAAUUUCCACAGCUAAUAAAUAAUUGAAUGUACAGGUGAAUAGCCUUUCCAUUUCCAUGUAAAAGGGAUUUCUUUUUAUAUAACAAGACCAACGAACAAAAAAACGCUCAUUAUAUAAAUACGACUAGCAUUACAAGAAAUAAUCAUUUUUUGAAUUUCUAGAAGAAAAACAAAAAAUGAUUUCAUAUUCUGAUGACAAUCCUUGGUACAGGCCAUAUAGGCAUACCAACUUCUUAUUCCAUUUUCCCAAUUUUAUUCCCGACUUUAUUUAAUGUCAAUGUGCCAAAAUCUAUGCUAGUAUUACUUGUUUCAUAUCUUGUUGCAAAAAAUUUUGCCAUAAAUAAGCAUUAUGACAUUCAAGUAGCAAAAUUCAUUAUCAAUCUCUUGGAAUACAUUAUUUUACUUUAUUUUUCUGUAAAUAUCUAUAGUAUCAUCUGUAAAGCGCUUAUAUUUCGUUAUCGUGCGCCAUCAAAUCGUAACGUAGAACAUUCAUUAUAAUGUUACAGAAUCUAAAAGAUUUACCCUGAUUAGCUAAUUUAAUGCCUUGUUUAUAAUUAUAUGCAGUUGUAAAUGGUGGCGGUUUUACUUUUUAUUUCUAUUUUUAAAUGAUGAAUUAAGUGUAAUCCAUCUCACAUGUUUGUAUCAUUAAUGCAACAGUAACAGUUACACCGCCAACCCGACGCCAAGACGAUUCAAAACUGACGGAUUCUCCGUCAUUAGUGAUAUGAAAAUAUCUAGAUCAUCCUGUUUCAUCGUUCUGGUUGGUGUAACUGGGGUAUUAUAAUAUGGUCCUAGGUUUUUUUUAAAAUUAGGAGUAAUGAAUCGGAAAUAUAUAAUCAGCAAUAUUUACAAGGUAUGGAGGAAAAAUGCUACAUGGCCUAUUAUAUCUUUACAGCAGACAUGAAAGAGCCCUUAGAAAAGUUAAUGUACAACAAUAUGACUUAUAAGUCAUAUUGAUAACAAUAAUCUUUUAAAUAGUUCUCAAAUCAAAUUCCUCCUGUGAUUUUGCACUUAUUGACUUUAAUGAUCAUGUCCUUAAUAAUAUAAAUUAUAACUUGCACUCACUUGGUAUAUUUCUCGAUUUAAGUAAGGCGUUUGAUGUAAUUAAUCCUAAUAUUUUACUUUCUAAGUUAGCUGAUUUUGGUAUACUUGGUAUUGCAAUUAAUUGGUUUAAGGAUUAUUUAUCUGACCGUUUUCAUUAUACUGUUUACAAAAAUGUUAUUUCUCAUCAUGAGAGGGUCCGGUGUGGAGUCCCCCAGGGCUCAACACUGAGCCCGCUCCUUUUUUGAUUUAUAUAAAUGAUCUGUGUAAUGUUUC